CCCAGACCCACCGGCGUCCAUGGACUGGCGCACCGGGGGGCGUCGUGACGCCGGUCAGGGAUCAAGGAACACACUGUGGAAGCUGCUGGGCUUUUGCAACCGCAUCGGCCAUUGAGAGCCUUUACAAGAUCGAACACGGGGACCUGAUCCCGCUGUCGCCCCAGCAGCUCGUCGACUGCGACGGCAGCAAUGGGCACUGUGGAGGCGGCACCCCAGCCAAGGCAUUCCAAACCAUUAAGCUUGGUGGCAUCUCGCGAUGGGCAGACUAUCCCGCAAGGGCGUGGGCAUCAGGGGCUGGGAGCGUGUGGAGCCGCGGAACGAGUGGGCGCUCAUGUGGGCAGUGUUCAAACAUCCCGUCACCGUAGGGGUCGACGCCAACAGCACGGCCUUCAUACAUUACCGCGGCGGCCUCUUCGACGGGCCCUGCAACACCACUCUCGGGCAUGCCAUGACCGUCGUCGGCUACGGCACUACCGGGCACAAUGACCAUUACGGUGAGCCAGCGGGAGUCGACUUUUGGCUCCUCAAAAAUUCCUGGUCGACGGCGUGGGGCGAAGCCGGCUAUAUGCGGCUCCGGCGCGGCGCCGAGGCCAAGGGUGGGGUCUGCGGGGUAAUGCUCGAGGCGACUUAUCCGGUCCGUUCCUAUAGGCUAUUUUAAUUAGAGGAACAAUGUGCCUAUAUACGAGCUUUAACCAGUAGUUAGUGAUGAAAUGGAAUAAAUUAAAGCAAGCCAGUGGUUGGUUGUAAACAGGGACAGUAUAUAAGUUGGUAGUAAGAGAUUCGAGCCGCCGACUGACCGGAUCCCAUGAGAUCAUGCGCUGCUCUAUCCUUGUUUUUUUUUUGCCUUCAUUGUUCUCUUCUCCA